UCUCUCUCUCUCCCAAUCAAAUCACUGAAAAAAAAAAAAAAAACUGUGGGUUUCUCUCUUUCACUUCAUCUCUCUCUCUCUCUAGAAUUUCUCGCUGAGAAUUUUCCCCGCCAUUCGAUCGACCUUGCUAUACCAUUAGAUAAUUUCAAGGAAAUUCAAGAUUUUGUGAAAUGGGGUUUCAGAAAUCUCCUCUCUCCGAUCCCCUUCGCUCGAUCUGUUACUGACACUGAAUGUACCACCUGAAUUUGGGCUGUGUUUUUGGAAAUGUCGAAACAUAGGAUGAAAUGAGUCAGACAGAAGUAUCAAGGAUAAAGCCCCCUCUCGUUCCGCUCGCAACUUUGAUCGGUCGCGAGCUGAGGAACGAGAAGGUUGAGAAACCUUUUGUGAAGUAUGGACAGGCUGCUUUGGCAAAGAAAGGAGAGGAUUACUUUCUGAUCAAACCUGAUUGCCAGCGUAUUCCUGGGAAUCCUUCCACUGCAUUUUCUGUCUUUGCGAUUUUUGAUGGACAUAAUGGCAUUUCAGCUGCUAUAUUUGCAAAGGAACAUUUAUUGGAAAACGUCAUAAGUGCAAUUCCUCAAGGGGUCAAUCGAGAAAAAUGGCUUCAGGCGCUUCCCCGAGCACUAGUUGCUGGUUUCGUUAAAACUGACAUAGAGUUUCAGCAGAAAGGGGAAACUUCUGGGACUACUGUUACAUUUGUUGUGAUUGACGGGUGGACUGUUACUGUUGCAUCCGUGGGAGAUUCACGGUGCAUAUUAGACACCCAAGGAGGCGUGGUUUCUCUAUUAACAGUUGAUCAUAGACUGGAGGAAAAUGAGGAAGAGAGGGAACGUGUAACUGCAAGUGGUGGUGAGGUUGGGAGGCUCAAUGUUUUUGGUGGGAAUGAGGUCGGUCCUCUACGCUGCUGGCCUGGUGGCUUAUGUCUUUCUAGGUCCAUUGGUGAUACAGAUGUAGGAGAAUAUAUUGUCCCAAUACCACAUGUUAAGCAAGUGAAGCUUUCUAAUGCUGGUGGAAGGCUGAUUAUUGCUUCUGAUGGUAUUUGGGACGCAUUAUCGUCUGAAAUGGCUGCAAAGUCUUGUCGAGGUUUACCUGCAGAGCUUGCUGCCAAGCUGGUUGUGAAGGAGGCUUUGCGGUCAAGGGGGUUGAAGGAUGAUACAACUUGCUUAGUUGUUGAUAUUAUCCCAUCCGAGCAACCUAUAUUAUUACCAUCAACUCCAAGGAAGAAGCAAAAUGUGCUUACCUCAUUCUUUGGGAAGAAAUAUCCAAACUCUUUGGGAAAAUCUGCUAACAAACUUUCUGCUGUUGGAGUUGUGGAGGAAUUGUUUGAAGAAGGUUCUGCUAUGCUUGCUGAAAGGUUAGGCAAAGACUUUCCUUCGGAUCCAAACUCAGGGAUCUUCAAAUGUGCAGUCUGUCAAGUGGAUCAACCCCAAAACGAAAAUUUGUCGAUGAACUCGGGGCCUUUCUUUUCACCGUCAUCAAAGCCAUGGGAAGGUCCAUUCCUCUGUGCAACUUGUCGAAGAAAGAAAGAUGCCAUGGAAGGAAAAAGGCCAAUAAAACCUACAAUAACGGUUUAAUAAUUUAUCCCAUAACAUAGUAUAUGUUAAUAACUUCAUAUAAUUUUUUUUUCAUCAUCUGGCAGUGCGAGCAUGGUUGUUUUUGUGUCUUUCCCCUGUGGUGAUUGUUAUAGAUGUGUGUGUAAGAAAAAUGAGGUUGAGAUAAAAGAAAGAGUUGGUAGAAGAAAAGAUGUUUUGGAGACUUCUAAAAAGCUUGCCUUUUCAUUUGGUUUUCUUGCUCAGCUGUUGGACUGACCGACUGACAAGAUAGACAAACAUGAUAUCAGACAAAAUUUCUUUGACUGUUUCAUUGCUAACAACUUCAAUUUUUAGAGUCAACUGUAGAUUGUUUUGUGAC